AAGUCGCAGCCAAGUCGCGUCACUAAUCCUACUCUCCCCUCAGCUCAAUCCCCGCGCUUUCCAUUCCAAUUUCAUCUCACACCCCAACAGCCUCCUCUCUUUUCUCAAUCUCUUCAUUCCUUUCCAACUAAUGAGCUUCUCCCUCUUCUCAUCACAAUCUACAGCCCAUCUUCGUUUUCACUCCCAAUCUCUACCACUCUCUCUACUCCUAAAGAAAUGCACAGCUCUCUCCCAACUCCAACAAAUCCACGCUCACAUCAUCACAUCUCAACCCUCGCUCUCCCUCGUUAUUGCCCUCUUUCGCUCUUACACUUCCUUCGGCAGCCUCACCCACGCAAGACUCUUGUUAGAUCGCUUCCCGUCUCCUCAUUUUCCAUCCACUCUCCUUUCUAAUUCCCUCAUCCAAGCUUACUCCAAGACACCCAAUUCCCAAGAAUCACUCCACCUCUUCCGCAGAAUGCUUGCAGUCAGCGGCCCUGCAUUUCCUGACAAAUACACCUUCACGUUCGUGAUCGUUGCGUCCUCACGUCAACCCUCACCGGAAUUCGGCGCAAGCGUCCAUGGGCAGGUUGUAAGAAAUGGGUUCGCGUCCGAUGUCUUUGUAAGCAAUUCUAUGGUGAAUAUGUACUCCUGCUUUGGCAGGAUGGAUGACGCCCAGAAGCUGUUUGAUGAUAUGCCUCAACCAGAUACAGUUUCAUGGACUAGCCUUAUAGGUGGGUACACUAAGCGUGGGGAAGUAACCGUUGCUCGUGAAUUGUUUGAUAAGAUGCCAGAACGAAAUGAUGUUUCGUGGGCGGUUAUGACUGCGGGUUAUGUUGGGAGUGGAAGAUUCAAUGAGGCGCUUCACCUUUUCCAUGACAUGUUGCAUAACCAUAAAGUGAAGCCUAAUGAAGCGGUCCUUGUCUGUGUUUUAUCGGCUUGCGCUGAGCUUGGGGCGUUGGACCAAGGGAAGUGGAUUCAUGUUUAUUUAGACAAGAGCUGUGUGCCCAAGAGUUCUAGCAUUUCAACUGCUCUUAUUGAUAUGUAUGCGAAAUGUGGGAGAGUUGAGUGUGCAACUCAAGUAUUUGAUAAUAUGUUUAGUAGAGAUGUGUGUACAUGGAGUAGCAUGAUUACGGGGCUAGCCAUGCAUGGGCAUGGAAAGGAGGCUCUCCGAGUUUUCACUAAAAUGUUGGAUGAAGGUAUUAACCCAGAUGACAUCUUGCUUCUAGGUGUCUUAAAUGGAUGUAGUCAUGCAGGUCUGGUAGAUGAGGGUUGUUCAAUCUUCAAUAACAUGAAACACUUUUGGGGAAUUGAGCCAAAGAUUGAGCACUACGGGUGUUUGGUUGACCUUCUUGGUCGUGCCGGACAGUUGGAGAAGGCGUAUGAUUUUGUUAAGAGCAUGCCGGUGGAUCCAGACAUCAUUAUUUGGAGGUCUUUACUUAGUGCUUGUAGAAUUCACGGUUAUGUUGAUCUAGGGGAACAGAUUAUCGAUCACAUUGCUCAACUAGAUCCUAGUAGUUAUGGCGGAGGAUAUGCACUUCUUUCGAACUUGUAUGCUUCUCUCGGUCGAUGGGAUAAGGUUGGUAGAGUCAGGAAGGAAAUGAGUGCGAGAUCAAAGUCAAACCCUGGCUGUAGUUGGAUUGAGAUUGACGGUGUUGUCCAUGAAUUUCUUGCUGCAGAUCGACUGCAUCCUCAGAUUGUGGAAAUACGCAAUGAGUUGAAUGUGAUUUUGAAAAGAAUAAGUACAACAGGCUAUUUUGCUAACACAAAGCAAGUGCUGUUUGAUUUGAGUGAAGAGGAUAAAGAGCAAGCUAUAUCUUGGCAUAGCGAGAAGUUGGCUGUUGCUUUUGGGCUGAUGAGCACCAAGUCAGGGAGUCCUAUUCGAAUUGUAAAAAAUCUAAGGAUAUGUGAGGAUUGUCACUCUGCAAUGGAAGCCAUUUCACUAGUUUUCGAUAGAGAAAUUGUUGUGCGAGAUCGAUCUCGUUUCCAUACUUUCAAACAGGGAAAAUGUUCUUGUUUGGAUUAUUGGUAGAGAACAAAUUGUACAUCCAGUCGUAGUUCUGCAGCACCCACACACCUUGAUUGGUCCACUAAGUCAAAUGAAAAGAUGGCAAAAGGGGUAGGAAGAAGAGGAAGAGAGACAGGUGGGGAGUAAGAAGAAGAGGGAGGAUAGCUGCCAAAGAGACGGGAUUUCUUUUCCAAGUCUCUUCAAUGUUGAUGGGGUCUUUCAAGUGACCCUCUGUGCCGUUUUGACAAGUUGGGCAAGAAGCCCUUCAAGGAGAGGGGCUCAGUUCAUUGGAGAAUGCCCCUGAUGUCUCUAUAUGGGAGAUACGGAAGGAGAAAUUUUGUCAUAGUUUCAAUGAUUCUAAAUGUUCUUCAAGAAGAUCCGAGUUUAGAGGAGCUUAUCUUUGUGCUGAAAGAUACCGUUGUCAAUUGGAUUUUGGUGGUGAAUUGCAAAGUGCAUUAUUAAGGUUGUGCAAGAUGGAAUUGUCCACCUUCAAUGUGGCAGAAACGGGCAAU